AUGAGUUCCAGCAAGGAUUCAGCGUCCGGCGUUCCCGCCCACAGCAAAGGUUCCUGGACAAGUUUCCUUAAGUCUAUCGCCUCCUUCAACGGAGAUCUUUCUUCCUUGACCGCCCCGCCCUUUAUUCUCUCGUCCACCUCCUUGACCGAAUAUUCUGCCUACUGGGCCGAACACCCAGGCCUCUUUGUGGCUGCCGCAAAAGAAGCGGAUCCAGAGAAGAGAGCUCUGGCCGUCUUGAAGUGGUUCCUCAGCACUCUUCACCAGCAGUACUGCAGUCGCAGUGAGAAGCUCGGUAGCGAAAAGAAGCCCUUGAACCCUUUCCUGGGAGAGUUGUUCCUUGGCAAAUGGGAUGCCGAUGCGGAUGUGGGCGAGACCACCUUGAUCAGUGAGCAAGUCAGCCACCAUCCCCCUGCUACUGCUUAUGCUAUCCGAAACGAGAAGCACGGCGUCGAGCUCCAAGGAUACAAUGCCCAGAAGGCAUCCUUCUCCAGCACCAUCCAAAUCAAACAGAUCGGACAUGCCCUGUUGACCCUCACUCCUCCGGGUGCGGAUAAGAACGAUCCUUCUCAGCAGGAGCGGUACCUGAUCACCCUCCCGCACUUGCACAUUGAAUCCCUUAUCUACGGAACGCCGUUUGUCGAGUUGGAGAAGUCGACUCGCAUUGCCAGCAGCACUGGCUACGUGGCGAAGAUUGACUACUCUGGCAAGGGCUGGCUGAGUGGCAAGAAGAACACCUUCAGUGCCAUCCUUUUCAAGGAAAACGAGGGCGAGAAGAAGCCUCUGUACACUGUUGACGGACAAUGGUCGGAUUCCUUCGUCAUCAAAGACUCCCGCAAGCAUGAGGUGGAUAGAUUCUCCGUCAAGGACACGAAGACCACCCCGUUGACUCUGGCGCCCGUCGACCAGCAAGACCUCUAUGAGAGCCGGCGGGCAUGGCGCGACGUUGCGGCAGGCAUCGAGCGGGGCGAUAUGGAUGCCGUGUCCGUGGCCAAGUCGAAGAUCGAGAACGCCCAGCGCGAGCUUCGCAAGGUCGAGAAGUCGGAAGGCCGCGAGUGGGACCGACGCUUCUUCAAGCGUGUCAAUGACACCGACGAUGAGGAAUUCUGGCGACUUGCGAGAAUGAUCGGCGUUACGUCCUUGGAGAGCGACAAGACCGGCGGUGUCUGGCGGUUCGACCCUACCAGCGCUGCGGACGCCAAGCCCCCAUACCACAAGACCGGCGGCGAGGGUCUGGGAAUUACUGCAUGA